GCUCGCGAUUUUUCACCGCAGCACAUCACGAAGCAGCUGCAACUGUGGCCCACUCUACAGUAGCACGCUCCCUCCUCCCGUUCAUGGACGAGUCCCCCCUCCCCGUCCAUACCUCGCGUACGGUUGCCACUCCCUCCACCUUGAACCCUCGCCCAACCAAAAACCCCUCCCCCGCCACCGCCAGCGACGACUACGGCGGAAGGGGGCGCGGCCUCCCCGAUGGGCGUGUCCUAGCUGGUACAGGUGCGAUGUGGUUCACCUAAGCCAAAGGAGAACCAUUUUGUGUUUUAAUUCAAAGUACACAUCUCUCGCAAAAUGUCACUGGUUCUUCGCUUCAAUCUGCUGAGGAACAACAUAUGGAGCAGCUAUCCAGUUAGGUUUCUCAAGCAACUUGCUGGAUUUUCAUAUGAGAAACUGCUUCAGCCUGGAAACUAUGAGAAGCGACAUUUCACAACAAAGCUUACAGAGACAGCUAGUUGGCACAAAACUGACUCAGCUUCAUGUAUUCCUGCAAUUUCGCCACUGUGGCUUCGACAAACUUCUGAACAUGACCAACCUGCAACUAUUCUCGUCUUCGAUAUUGAGACUACUGGUUUUCUCCAUGCGGAUCAUAGAAUCAUUGAGUUUGCACUCCGCGACCUUUCUGGAGGAAUGAAUUGCACAUUUGAGACUCUCAUUAAUCCUGAACGGAAUGUUCCCAGAUAUGCUGCAGAAGCCAACAAUAUUACUACUGAAUUGGUCUGCAGGCCUGAUGUCCCAAGGUUCAGCGAUUUACUUCCAAUACUACUAGCAUAUGUUCAAAGUCGCCAAGCUCCUGGCAAGCCAGUUCUGUGGGUUGCUCACAAUGCAAAACAAUUCGAUGUCCCUUUUGUUAUUCAAGAGUUUGAACGUUGUUCAGCCCAAGUUCCUGCAGAUUGGCUGUUUGUUGACAGUCUUUGUUUAGCAAGGAAAUUGAAGAAAUCAGAUGGAAAUAUAGGUCUACUAAACUUGAAGGCACUGGGAGAACACUAUGGUGUCAGUUCCGAAGGUCCUUCUCAUAGAGCAAUGCCAGAUGUGCAAGCAUUAUGCGACAUUCUCCCAAAAAUCACUUUGGGUUUAAAAUUAACAUGUGACGGUCUCAUGAGCGAGGCCAGAAAAUUUUACGAUUUCAGGAAGGUUUCACGAAUGUAAAUCUCUGAUCUCAUUUUUCUUAGUUAUAAACUAUUUGACUUUUCCCCUAUAGGAUAACCAUAUCCUUUACAUAUCUGAGUGUUGUGCCUCUGGUUUAGCAUAUCAAAUUCUUGAUUAUCAUAGCUUUCUUGUAUCAAACAUCUGGUAUUCCACUUUGAUGAAUGGAAAUGGGGUCGAGCUUCGGUCUCAAAAAAGUACCAAAUUCUCAAUGAUCAUAGCUUUCUUGUGUUGAA